UUUCUCGUCCAAUCAAAGUUGGGAGCGGAAGCACGUGGGUAAACAGGACGUGCUUUUGCAUUUCGCGGGUCGUGUGGAGAAGCAGUGCGUGGAAAUGGCGGGUGUAAAUGAGAUGGAGAAGAAGCUGGCAGAGUAUAAAUGUGAUACCAAUGAGGCAAUAUGCUUAAAAUUAGUCCGUUUCCCAGAGGAUGUGGAGGAUGAGGGCACAACAUUCCACCCUGAGUACAGCCAUCAGCUGUUUGGUGACGAUGAGGUGGCUUUUGGGUACAAAGGUCUUCAGAUUCAGCUGUACUACACUGCCGGCAACCUGAGCACGCUGUUUAAAGUGAAAUACUCAGCCAGAGUCACCGAAACCUUUGACUGUGUAGAGCCUGAUGAUGUGGAAGGGAAGAUCAGAGAAAUCAUUCCUCCCGGUUUCAGCUGCAACACUGAUGACUUUAUCUCUCUACUGGAGAAAGAGGGAAACUUUAAGCCGUUCGGAAGCCUCUUGCACACUUACAAAGUUCACAACGUGGAAGAGGGUGUAGACCUCACCUACCAGAUUCAUAAGGUGGAUAUUUUGUCUGCUGGGUUCAGAGAGUAUCACGAGCGUCUCCAGACCUUCCUGAUGUGGUUCAUUGAGACAGCCAGCUUUAUUGAUAUAGAUGAUGAUCGCUGGGACUUCUUUCUUGUUUUUGAGAAAUACAACAAAGAUGGGGAGACACUCUACGCUACGGUUGGCUACAUGACAGUGUAUAAUUACUACGUAUACCCAGACAAAACCAGACCACGUGUCAGUCAGAUGCUGAUCUUGCCACCAUUCCAGGGAGAGGGUCAUGGAGCUCAGCUGCUCGAGACAGUCCACCGGUACUACUGCAACUCUCCCAAAGUACAGGACGUCACAGCUGAGGAUCCCUCUGAGAACUAUGUGAAGCUGAGGGACUUUGUUCUGGUGAAGCUGUGUAUGGCCUUGCCCUCCUUCUCCACAGAGAAACUGGCUCACGGUUUCAGUGAGGAGAUGGCCACAGAAGCACGAGAGAAACUGAAGAUCAACAAGAAGCACGCCAGGCGGGUGUAUGAGAUUCUGAGGCUCAGGAACACAGACAUGAGCGAUGAGGAGAAGGCCAGAGAGUUCAGGCUGGAAGUGAAGAAAAGGCUCUUUGGGCCUUACAGGAAGAACCAGCGUGAGCUGACCAAGAUGCGCAAGUGUUUGAGUCCAGAGGAGCUGGCGUCUCACAUCAGUCAGAUGGACACGAGAAUACAGCAUGAGGAACUGGAGAAGAGCUACCAGGAAGUUCUGGGAGAUUACCGUAGAGUCCUCGAAAGGCUGUCUCAGGCAUGAACACACACGCACAACGCCUCUUGUGGAUUAUUGGAGGACCCAGGAGUCUUGGAUCACUCUGGGACUGCAGUAGGGACUAGCUGAAGAUUGGAGUGCUCACAGAUACAUAGAUAUUUACAUACGCCUACAUCGCCCCUUGCAGCCCAUCCCUUUUUUGUGUAACAUCUUUGAAGUAGAACUUGACCUGUUAGAUGGCAGUGUGUGAGGGGGGAGGGGGGGGAACCAGCUAGUUGAACUAGAUGACCACUGAUGACAUUCUAGUGGAGUUAUUGUGGCAAGAUUCAUUUUGCUCUUUUUUCUUCCAUUUUCUUGUUUGCUUGUUUCGGUCUUCAUUUUCUCCGGUCAACAGGCUCUGUUUUCAGAAUACAACAAUAUAUCGGUUUUGAAGCACUUCUUCAUAAAAAAAAAAUAAAUGUUUUGUAUAUUGCCCAA